ACGCAAAAUCAGUCACACAGUCCUCACAUAAUUGAACACAGAAAGGGAGAGAGAGCAAUGGCGGCUCAGGCUGAGAGCAUCGAGGUUCCCACGGACGCUGAGCUGCUGCAGGCACAGGCAGACCUGUGGCGUCACAGCCUCUAUUACCUCACCUCAAUGGCGCUCCGGUGUGUCGUCGACCUUGAGAUCCCGACGGCCAUCCACCGCCUUGGUGGGGUCGCCUCGCUGCCCGACCUGAUGACCGCACUGUCCCUUCCCUCGGUUAAGAUGCCAUUUCUUGGCCGGGUCAUGCGCGUGCUCGUCAACUCGGGCGUCUUCGCAGCCGACAACGAGUCCGAGCCCGGCAUGGAGCUCUACCGCCUCACCCCGCUGUCCCGCGUUCUGGUGCACGGCGUCGUGGCGGAUGAGCACCAUAGCCAAAAGUAUUUCGUGCUUGGUGUCACCUCACCGCACUACACGGAGGCGGCGCUGGGGCUGGCAGACUGGUUCAAGAAGGACACCGAGCCACCGGUGCCGUCACCUUUCGAGGAGAAGUUCGGCGUGCCACUCUUGGAUGAGAAAACUGCCCUCCUUGACGAAGAGCUCGACGACGUUGUCAACCAAGGCGUAGCUGCCCAUGACAACCUGGGGAUUGCCACCAUACUCCGUGAGUGCGGUGACAUCUUCAAGGGGCUUGAGUCCCUCACUGACUGCUGCGGUGGCGAUGGUACGACGGCGAGGGCCCUCGUCAAGGCUUACCCUCACAUUAAGUGCACUGUUCUAGACCUUCUGAAGGUGAUUGACAAAGCCCCAGCCGAUGGUGUCAUCAACUAUGUUGCGGGUGACCUGUUCCACACCGUCCCACCAUCUCAAGCCGUGAUGCUCAAGCUUGUGCUACACUUUUGGAGCGAUGAGGACUGUGUGAAAAUCCUAGCCCAGUGCAGAAAGGCUAUUCCUCCACGUGAGGAGGGAGGAAAGGUGAUAAUCAUAGAGAUUGUGGUUGGACCUUCCUUAGGGCCAGUAAUGUUUGAAGCCCAACUUCUGAUGGAUAUGCUCAUGAUGGUAAACACGAGGGGUGGCCAACGUGAUGAAAAACACUGGUCCGAGCUAUUCAAGAAAGCCGGAUUCACGGACUACAAAAUUGUGAAGAAAUUGGGAGCUCGAUCCGUCAUCGAGGUCUACCCAUAAGAUGUUGUGCUUUAAAGGUGGGAAUAAAGGAGGUGCUUAUUUUUCUAAGGGAAAGUUCCACGGGUCUUGAAGUAGCUGAAGUAUAAACAUUAGUUGCUUUAAGGUCCAUGUGGCGUUCGAUUAGAAAAGUAUUAAAGCACUUGGUAUUUUCAUUUGUAUGUGUUUGCCAUGCUGGUGUGCUCCAACAAUGUCUGCUUGUAGUUUGUUGUCGUGCCUAUCAUGUAUAUGUCAUAUUCUAUUACUAUCUGUAUCAAUAAUAUCAUUGGUUAUAUCA